AUGGACGACCUUUACGACGAGUUCGGUAACUUCAUUGGCGAGCCGGAGGAGGACAGUCAGGAGGAGGAGGCGGGAGCUUAUGAUGGCGCGCAAUAUCUGGACGAUGAUGAGGAGGAAGCGGCGGGCGGCGCACACACAGGCCAGGAGUUGAUGGACAUUGACGAUGAGGGUCCUUCAAAUGCGGUGGUUUUGCAUGAGGACAAGCAAUACUAUCCCUCAGCAUCGCAAAUCUACGGACCAGAUGUCGAGACUUUGGUCCAGGAAGAAGAUACGCAAACGCUGCAGCAGCCGAUCAUUGCACCGGUCGAGCACAAAAAGUUCACAGUCGAGGAGGAAGAUCUCCCAGAGGUGUACUUCGAUCGCGGAUUUCUCACAGACCUGAUGAACUUUCCGGAGCAAAUACGGAACAUUGCACUUUGCGGCCACCUACAUCACGGCAAGACGAGCAUAAUGGACAUGCUCGUGACGCAGACACACAACAUUUCACAGUACAUGGAGGGCAAGACAGGGAAGGCCAGAGAUGAGCAUUUGCGGUAUACGGACACGCAUGUUCUGGAGCGGGAACGAGGACUUUCGGUCAAGGCCAGCCCUAUGAGCCUGCUCUUGCAAGGAACAAAAGGUAAGAGCCAUCUCCUGAAUAUCAUCGAUACUCCUGGACACGUCAAUUUCGCGGACGAGGUGGCUGCAUCAUUACGAUUGGUGGACGGUGUCGUUCUGGUCGUGGACGUUGUGGAGGGCGUGCAGGUACAGACGGAGAUGGCUAUCAAGCAUGCGGUCCUCGCAGGCUUGCCGCUGGUUCUGCUCAUCAACAAGGUGGACCGACUGAUGUUAGAACUGAAGCUCCCCCCAAGCGAUGCGUACUUCAAGCUCAAGCACGUCGUGGAGGAGGUCAACACGUUCAUUGAGAACACGAUUCCCGGCAGAGGCGAGAAGUUCCGUGUGAGUCCCGAGAAGGGCAAUGUUGCAUUCGCUUGCAGCAGCAUGGAGUGGUGUUUCACACUACCAAGCUUUGCAUCGAUGUAUGCGGAAAGCUACCCGAAUGCAGAGUUCGAUGUUGGAGACUUCAGCAAGCGGUUAUGGGGUGACGUAUAUUUCAAUCCGAAAUCACGAAAAUUCACCCGGAAGCCAGUGGAGGAUCGCGCGAAGAAGAGUUUUGUGCACUUCGUGCUGGAGCCAAUCUACAAGCUUUACUCACACACAAUCUCGGAAUCGCCAGAGGUCCUCAAGAAGACAUUAGCAAGUCUCGGGAUCACACUCAAGCCGAAACAGUUGAAGGCGAACGCGAAAGAUCUGCUAAAAAUGGUUUGCGAGCAAUUUUUUGGCCCCGCGACGGGCCUUGUGGACAUGGUGGUGCAGCACAUCCCAUCCCCCGUGGAGGGAGCAAAGCAGAAGCUGGAGAACUAUUACACAGGUCCUGUGGACACGAAGACUGCAACCUCAAUGCUGAAUUGCGAUCCAGACGGCCCUCUGAUUGUUCACAUCACAAAGCUUUUCAGCACUCCAGACGCUCAAGGAUUUCACAGCUUUGGUCGGGUCAUGAGUGGGACCGCCCGACCUGGUCAGCAAGUAAGAGUGCUCGGAGAAAACUACAGUAUCGAUGAUGAGGAGGACAUGGUCAACGCAACGAUCGACAGCGUUUGGAUUGGCGAGAGCAGAUACAAUGUGCCUGUAUCGGGAAUACCAGCGGGCAACUUCGUACUUCUCGGUGGCGUGGACAACUCAAUCAUGAAGACGGCGACUAUCAUUGCACCGAAACUUCCGGAUGGAGAAGAGGCAUACAUCUUCAAGCCAGUAUCUCACUUCUUCGAGAGUGUCUUCAAGGUUGCUGUGGAGCCAAUCAAUCCUUCUGAGCUGCCAAAGAUGCUUGACGGUCUCCGCAAGAUCAACAAGUCGUAUCCACUCAUCACGACGAAAGUUGAGGAAAGCGGCGAGCAUGUCGUCCUCGGUACAGGAGAGCUGUACAUGGACUGUGUUCUGCACGAUCUACGACGACUGUACGCGCAAAUGGAGAUCAAGGUCUCGGAUCCGGUGACGAGGUUCUGCGAGACUUGCGUUGAUCAAAGUGCGAUGAAGUGCUACGCAUUGACACCGAACAAGAAGAACAAGAUCACUUUCGUUGCGGAACCUCUUGAUGACGGCAUCGCUCAGGACAUCGAGACCGGCAGAGUCAGCAUCAAGGACCCUGUGCGGAAAGUCGGUAAAUUCUUCGAGGAGAACUACGGCUACGAUAUUCUUGCGAGCCGCAACAUCUGGGCAUUUGGGCCAGACGACAACAGUCCCAACAUCUUGCAGAAUGAUACGCUCCCAUCAGACGUCGACCAGAAGCUUCUCCGCAGCGUCAAGGACACCAUUCGGCAAGGGUUUUCAUGGGGAACGCGAGAAGGCCCACUGUGCGAGGAGCCGAUCCGAAACGUCAAAUUCAAGCUUACCGACAUCGACCUCGCGUCCGAAGCCAUCUUCCGCGGCGGCGGUCAGAUUAUUCCGACGGCACGAAGAGCGUGCUAUUCAUCCUUCCUCAUGGCCGGUCCUCGCCUCAUGGAGCCAAUGUACUCAUGUACGAUGCUCGGCCCAGCGAAUUCCGUCUCAGCACUGUACACUGUUCUUGCUCGUCGCCGCGGACAUGUACUGAGCGAUGCUCCCGUGCCUGGUACUCCUCUCUACUCAGUCAAAGGUCUCAUCCCAACCAUUGACUCCUUUGGCUUCGAGACCGAUUUGCGCAUUCACACGCAAGGUCAAGCGACUGUGUCUCUCGUGUUUGACCGCUGGAGCAUCGUUCCUGGUGAUCCGUUGGACAAGAGUAUCACGCUCCGCGCUUUGGAGCCGGCAAAUGCUCAAGCAACGGCGAGAGAUUUCGUGCUGAAGACGAGGAGGAGAAAGGGACUGAGCGAAGACGUCACAGUCAGUAAGUACGUCGAGCCGGAGAUCAUGAGGCAGCUCAGGGAAACGGGCAUGUUGGAUGGGGCUUGA